CGGGGUUUCCCGGGACGGCGGUCCAGCUGCAAGUAAGGGACCGUUUAGAAACUGACUGGAGGCGUCAACCUUUUCCCUUAGGGGGAGGACUCGGAUAGGGGCCGAGUGCUCGGUCGGGAACGCCCCUUUCUUCCAGACGCGGGGAGUGAGACCGAGUACUGGGCCUGCGGAGCGCCGCCGUACCUUCGUGGGACAUGGCCCGUUGUGGGGAGGGUAGCACGGCCCCCGUGGUACUUCUGGGAUCCCCUGGAGUUUGCAGUAAGGGGUUGCAAAGGAAGGGGCUGUGUGAGCGGCGCCGGCUGAAGGCGAUGGUGUCGGAGCAGCUCAGCCAGGAUCUGCUCAGGCUUCUAAGGGAAGAAAUCCAUACAGAUAUUACUUUCUCUGUAGGUUGUACUUUAUUCAAAGCACACAGAGCGGUCCUUUUAGCAAGGGUUCCUGGCUUCUAUUUUCAUACUGUUGGACAGACAUCAAAUAAUUUAAUAAACCAUGAGCCUGUUGCUGUGGAGAACUUUGAAGCUUCAGAAUUUAGAACAUUUUUACAGAUUAUAUACUCAUCAAACAAAAACAUAAAAAACUAUGAAGAGGAAAUUCUUAGGAAAAAGAGUGGGGUACCACAAACAAAACAUGACUUCAGUUUUGGAAAGUAUACUGACAAUGAUGGAAGAUCAUCUAUAGAGUUCUUAGGUGAAAAAUCACCUGACUGUUCUCUUCUGAAGCAUGAAAUUCCAGAUGUUAUCAGCAAUCGGGAGGACAGUUUAAUUUCUACUGAUAUUUAUGACUUCGAACCUGCAUCUGAAUUAGGAGAAGAUUUAUUGCAACUUUACGUGAAACAUUGUUGCCCAGAUAUUGAUAUUUAUGUUGAUGGAAAGAGUUUUAAAACUCACAGAGCCAUUUUAAGUGCCAGAUCGAGUUAUUUUGCUGCGAUGCUGUGUGGCUGUUGGGCUGAAAGCUCUCAAGAGUACAUUACUCUUCAAGGUAUAAACCAUGUAGAAAUGAAUGUUAUGAUGCAUUUUAUAUAUGGAGGAACUUUGGACUUUCCAGAUAAAGCUAACAUUGGUCAGAUACUCAAUAUAGCUGAUAUGUAUGGACUACAAGGAUUAAAAGAAGUAGCCAUCUAUAUUUUAAGAAGAGAUUAUUGUAAUUUCUUUCAGAAGCCUGUUCCCAGAAGGUUGGCAUCUAUUCUAGAAUGCCUGAUUAUUGCUCAUUCAGUUGGAGUGGAAAGUCUUUUUGCUGACUGCAUGAAGUGGAUUGUAAAGCAUUUUGCAAGGUUUUGGUCUGAGAGAAGCUUUGCAAAUAUACCUCCUGAGAUUCAGAAAAGUUGUCUUAAUAUGUUAAUUCAGUCCUUAAAUGAUAGGAAUGCUGCUUUUCUUCUGAUGGAAAGUGACAGGCUAAUCAUGAGUUUACCCAGAGUGAAGUGGACAGAAGCUGCACUGACUAUGGCGUCUCAACUCCAAGAAGAAUGUGUUGCAUUUAUUAUAGAAAACUUCUCCAAGAUCAUUCAAAGUGAAAAUUUUGCUCUUUUUUUACAGUCACAAGCAAUGAGCAGCACAGCUGAUCUGUUGGACAAAAUUUUAAAAGCAAUCGAAGAAAACAUUACCACUGAGAAUAGUUGCUCUCUUCUUAUGGCUCUGGACGUGUUACUGAACUCUGACAGUACAAAAGAAAUGGUAUUGAAUGGUUUUACGUGCAAGAUCCAGGCUCUGCGUGAUAAGCUGUGGAUCUUCCUGGUUCAGUCUUUCUAUGCUGUUCGUCACACAGGAAGCUGGAAGCUGAUGAGCACAGAUGAUCAACAGAAAAUCCAAGCAGCUGCAUUUGACAAAGGUGAUGAUCGAAGACUUGGCAAAAAGCCUAUAUUCAGUAGCUCUCAGCAAAGGAGACAAGUUUCUGACUCGAGUGUUCUAAAAAACAAAUCUUUGAGAGAAAAUAACAAGAAAGAGUGUUGGAGUUGUCCCUCUACUAAUCAAAAGAUGAAAUCCGAUGGAUUAGGAGCAUCUGGACAUUCAUCAACUACUAAUAGAAAUGCUAUAAGUAAAACUUUGAAGCGUGAUGAUUUAAAGGAAAAGGAUGGUACAAAAACAGUGUCUAAGAUUACAAAAGAAUUAAAAUCUGGGGGGAAAAAUGUUUCUGGGAAGCCCAAAGCUAUAAUAAAACCCAAAACAGAAAACAGUGAUAAUGCAAAGUCAGUAAACACGUCACCUGGACAAGUUGUGGAAACAUCAGCAACAGCAGCAGCAAAUGGACAGAAAAAUGCAUUAAAUGGAAAAGGAGUGAGAAAUCAGGAAGGACAGAUUGCAGGUGCCAGACCCAAGGUACUCACUGGAAACUUAAGUGUGCAAGCCAGAGCAAAACCUUUGAAGAAAGUGACAGGAAAAGAUUCUCUAGGCCUCGGCAUCGCAGGACCAUCCAGCAGAUCUGUGAAUUCAAGUAUGGAGUUACUGGUUUCCACUGAAUGUCUGGAUGAAUCAAAAGAAAAUGGAUCAAUAGGAGAAGAGAAACCAUCUGGUCAUAAACUGUCCUUUUGUGAAUCUCCAGGACAGACAGUGAAAAACAGUGUAGAAAAUAUGAAAACUUCCACUGUAGCAGUAAAAUCUCGACCUGUUUCAAAAGUUACCAAUGGAACCUCCAAAAAAAAAAGCAUUCAUGAACAAGAAACUAAUAUGAAUAACAGUGUGCUAAAGAAGGUCACUAGCAAAGGAUCUAGUGAUCCAGCACCACAGGCAAUUUUAAAGAAAAGAGGGAAUGACAAUGGAUGUGCUGCAGCUCAGCAGAGGACAAAGAAUGCCCCAUCUAAUCUUGCUAAAACUCAAGGAUCCCAAGGAGAGUCACCAAAUUCAGUAAAAUCUUCAGUCUCUUCAAGGCACUCUGAUGGAAAUGUGACAAAGUUGGACCACAGUACGACAGAUAAACAAACACCUAAGAGAAAAAUUGUCAAGCAGGGACAUACGACUUUGCCUAAGGUUAAUGCAAAAAUAGUGGCAAUGCCUAAAACCCCAAAUCAAUCUAAGAAAGGUGAAACUUUGAAUAAUAAAGAUUCAAAACAGAAAAUGCUUCCUGGACAGAUCAUAUUGAAGACUCAGUCUUCUCAAAGACCUUUAAAAAGUGAAACAUCUAUUGUCCAAAAAUGUAUACUUCACAAUGUAUGUGAUAAUAAUAAGGGCAGUGUUACUGAACAGAAACCUCACGAAUCCCUAAUUAAUCUCACAACUGAAAUCAGUAGUAUGGAAGCGUUCCAGUCAUCAUGCACACGUGACCUACAAAAGCCAUUAAACAAUCAAGAAAAAGAGAAAUUGGUAUUAGAAUGCCAAAGCAUUUCAAAUCUGGAUAAAUCAAUAAAAAAUGAACUGGAAUCAACACAGAUUUGUUCAGAUAAAACUGAAACACAAUUUUCCAAUCACAAAGAAACAGAUCAUUGCAACACAGCUAAACUACAUUAUCAUUCUAAUGGGAGUAGUAAUGUAGAUCCAAAAUUUUAUAGCACCACUGCCCUAAAAUCUAUGAUUUCAAAUCCAAAUGAAAACUCUUUGAAUUCUAACCUAGUUUGUGAUUCAGACUCCACAAAUGCAGAACAACUCCAUUCAGCAUCAGAUAAAGAAAAUCAAGUAGGGAGAAGAGACACAAACAAAAAGUCAAGCAUUAAAGGUGUGAAGGACGUUUUACCUUGUGUUCCUGAAAGGACAAACGGUACCUUAAAUACCAUUCAAGAUGACGGAAAAUCUAAAUUACCUGCGGAACAGACAAUCCCUAGUCAGUUGUCUGAGGACUCUGCUAUAAAUGAAGACAAAUAUGCCACAGUAGACUCAGAUAGUUCCUCCAAGUGUUUUUUGGAACAAAUAUCAGGGAAAAAUUCUCCUAAAGAUAUGGAAACAACAGAAACUCCAGAAGCUCCAUUCACGAGUCAGUGGAAUUUGAGUACCAGUGUUCUGCAUCAGAGAGAGAGCCCUGAGUCUGACACUGGCAGUGCUACCACAUCCUCAGAUGACAUAAAGCCCAGGUCGGAAGACUAUGAUGCUGGAGGAUCUCAGGAUGAUGACGGGUCAAAUGACAGAGGUAUUUCUAAAUGUGGCACUAUGCUGUGCCAUGAUUUCCUUGGAAGAAGUAGCAGCGAUACCAGUACUCCUGAAGAAUUAAAAAUAUAUGACAGUAACUUAAGAAUUGAAGUGAAAAUGAAAAAGCAAAGUAGUAAUGAUCUUUUCCAAGUUAAUUCAACAAGUGAUGAUGAGAUUCCUAGGAAAAGGCCAGAAAGUUGGUCUCGAUCUACAGUACUCCACCCUAGGGAAAAAGAAAAUGCUCUACGAGGCAGUGUCCAGUUUGCUCAGGAAGUAGAUCAAGUUUCUUCCUCAGCCGAUGAAACAGAAGAUGAAAGAUCUGAAGCUGAAAAUGUUGCAGAGAAUUUCUCUACAUCUAACUCAGCUCCUCAGCAGUUUCAGGGGAUAGUUAAUCUAGCUUUUGAAGAUGCAACUGAAAGUGAAAGUCACGAGUUUUCUGCAACUAAAAAGUUUAAAAGGUCAGUUUUACUUUCAGUAGAUGAAUGUGAAGAACUGGGAUCGGAUGAAGGGGAAGUCCAUACUCCCUUUCAGCCUUCUAUAGAUUCUCUUUCACCUUCUGAUGUUUUUGAUGGCAUUUCUCAUCAACAUCAUGGAAGGACCUGCUGCUAUGCCAGAUACUCACAAGGAAGCGAAGGUAGAGUUUUAGAAUGUAAACAAGGUAAAGGCAAUAGUGUUCGUAAAAAUGAAAGCUCUCUCUUGGGUCUUAGUAACGUUGACUUUUCAAGAAAAGAUAAACAGAGUGCUUCAGCCACAGGAAAAACAUACACAAUAGAUGUCCUGUCCAAAGGAGGCAGACAGCUUCUCCCAGAAGAUAAAAAAGUAAACAGUGGAAGCGAUGCAGAUAAUGACUUUCAACAACGCAGCAAGCUGUUAGAUAGUGAUAUAAAAUCUCAAGAAAGACCAUGUCAUUUGGAGCUUCAUCAAAGAGAACCCAAUUCUGACGUACCAAAGAACAGCUCUACAAAAUCUCUGGACUCCUGUCGGAGUCAACUCCUGCCUCAGGAAGGUCAAGUGAAAGAGAGCCAUUCUACAGCUACCGAAAAAGCUAAUAUUGCUUUAUCUGCAGGAGACAUAGAUGAUUGUGACACAUUGGCACAAACCUUCAUGUAUGACCAUCGGCCUUCAAAAACCCUCUCUCCAAUAUAUGAGAUGGAUGUAAUAGAAGCAUUUGAGCAGAAAGUGGAAUCAGAAACACACGUUACAGACAUGGAUUUUGAAGAUGAUCAACACUUUGCAAAACAAGAUUGGACACUAUUAAAGCAACUGCUAUCUGAACAGGAUUCAAACUUAAAUAUUACAAAUUCUGUUCCUGAAGAUUUAAAUUUAGCACAGUAUCUAAUUAAUCAGACGCUACUUCUAGCACGAGACAGCUCAAAACCUCAGGGUAAAGCACAUAUUGACACUUUAAACAGAUGGAGUGAACUAACCUCUCCACUUGAUUCCUCAGCAAGUAUCACCAUGGCUAGUUUUUCUUCUGAAGAUUGUUCACCCCAAGGGGAAUGGACAAUUCUGGAACUGGAAACUCAGCAUUAAGAGUACUAACACUUUGGAAAAUUUUGAACUAUGCUACCCCUUUAUUUUUUGAUGUUUAUAUUACAUCCAAAUGAUAAUUCUAUUAGCCAGAGAUAGACUGCCCUUGAUAUAGAGGGAAUCUUUCCAAUUUAUUGAAGUAAACAUAGUUUGUUUAUUAAUAUGAUAUAACAUGUAGAAAACAAGUUUUUCUAAAAUUUCUGAGCAUGUUUUAUUAAUUAGAGAAAUUAGAAGACUUAUGAGGAAGCUCUUCCUUCAGUUUUCCUUUCCUAUCUGAUCAUUUGUUCACUUAUUCAAGAAUUUAAAAUGUGAAUGCACAAGUAGAUCUGUACCUUUACUUUUUGCUCUGCAUAUGGUAACAUGGCAAUUUAACAAUAAAAAACUUAUUGUGCUUGUGUCAAUUUA